AUGAAAAUUCCAAAUCCAAAUCCACCUCCAACUCCAAUUAUAAUCGACAUUUCAUCUGACGAUGAGGAAGAUGAAGGGUUUGUCCAAGUAGAGCAAGAACCACAGUCACCUGAAUCAAUGGAGGAAGAAGAUGACCCUGAAUUCGAUCCAGGAAGCUAUAAACAAUCUACCGACAAGAAGGAUAAUUUGGCAGAUGUUACCCAACAAUUAGCAAGGAACUUAACCAAUAAUGUAGAUGCUCAGGGAGAUCUAUUUAAGAAGGUGGCGCAGAGCAAGCCACCAACCUAUCAAGGAGAGCCUGAUCCAACUAUACUGGAAAACUGGUUGAGGGAGUUUGAGAAACUGUUUAGGGCAGUAUGGUGUCCGGAAACUUCAAAAGUAGGUUGUGCUACCUAUUACCUCAGGGAUGAAGCUGACCUUUGGUGGAAGCAAAAUGAAGCUACCAUUAAGGCACUACCUGGAUUCAACUGGACUAUGUUUCAGGAGAAGGUUAGGGACAAGUUUUACCCUAGCUUCUUACAGAAACAAAAGGCUGAGGAAUUUUCUAACCUUGCAAUGGGGAAUAUGUCGGUCACUGAAUACUACACCAAGUUUAUUGAGCUGUCACGAUUUGCUAAAGAGUCAGUUUCUACAGAAAAGUCUAAGGCUAGGAAGUUUGAGAGUGGACUGACUGCUGAUUUGCAGUUAAAGUUGUAUGGGCAAGGAAAUAAUAGGGGAGCAAGGCAUUUUUACUGCAAGAAGUGUAAGAACGAUCACCCUGGUAGGGAUUGUGAUGGAAAUUUGGUUACCUGUCGUGCUUGCAACAAGUUAGGACACAGGGAGUAUGAAUGUUUCUCCAAGGAUCCCAAUCGAAACAAACAGGAAAAUAAUCAAGAAGGGGCUCAGAGAAACUUUCAGGGAAGCGACAACUAUUCUGGGAACAAGGGGGCACAGCAGAAUGCGGCGAAAACCAACAAUAAUAGUGGAAAUAACCAACAGAAAGGUGGAGUUGCAGGAAAGUUGAAUGUAAUGAGUAAGCAUGAGGCUGAUUCCACGAGAGAUGUCAUCACCAGUAACUUUUAUAUUAACUCUAUUUCUGUUAAAGUCUUGUUUGAUUCUGGUGCAACUUUUUUCAUUUCAAAGGCCAUUGUUUCAAAACUAUCAAACUGUUUGAAAACCGUAGAUGAGGUAGAUUUUCCUAUAGUUAUGCCUACGGGUGAGGUAGUAAAGUGUAACAAGACCUUUAAAGAUGCACCUUUAGAAAUCGAAGGAAAAGUGUUUCUAUCAGAUCUCAUUGAGUUUGGGUUGAGUGACUUCGAUGUUAAUUUGGGAAUGGAUUGGUUAAGCAAGUACAGUGCGGAGAUUAGUUGUCGAUCACAGAAAGUAAAAAUGACUACAGCUGAUAAUGAUUUUGUGACAUAUUGGAUGCCUGGUGAAACUAAGUGCCCAAGGAUCAUAUCUGUGUUAAAAUUGGCAAAGUAUAUUAAGAGGGGCAUCCAGUGUAUUUUUGUAGUGUGA